AGCGAGGGACUCUGCGCUUUCCUACUAGGAUCUUGGAUCUCCACUUUUGGAGCUGGAUCACUAUGGUUCUGAAGAGCGGGACUCAUGGCGAUGUUUUGCGCAUAAUAAUCGAUCAGACGUUUCCAAAGCUUCAUCUGUACCUCUCCAAACCCGCUCAUGGUAGAGCUGUCCAUUUCUCCAUCACCGAAGCUCAGAGGAAGAUCAGAGGAUGAAAGUUCUGACUAGUCUCCCUCUUUUACUGGGCUUCUUGACUCUGCUGGACUUCAUCGUCGCCGGUCACAGGAGCACCGGAGCGGCCAAACUCAAUCCGCGGUUCCCGGUGGCGCGCAACGGCACCUCCGAUAACGCGAAGAUCUCCCGCAUCCGCGCCGGUCCUCCUCCGAUAAAGGCUGACGGGAACCCGGCGCGCGUCAGUUUAGGGCGCAAGGAGGCCGCGCGCUCUUGGGUACCCAAGGAUGCAGCAAACCUCGCAUCUCCUUCCAGCAUCCAGCACCAGAGUAAAGCAGCUUCUGCGCAGAAAUCCUCCGCUCCGGCUGCGGUCCGGGCCGCUCCUGCCGGGAUCAAGAGCAUUGCUCCGGCACCGGCCCAUCUGCGGAUGAAAAGCGCGGUGAAGCUGGAGAACAGCGAGGAGCCCAAACACCCGCUAGUGAUCCCUCAUGACUACAUGCUGUCCCUGUACUGGUCCCUGACCAGCGGAGAGGUCAAUACCAGUGUCCUGCACGAGGCGGGCAUGGCCAACACCAUCACCAGCUUUGUGGACAGAGGACAAGAUGAGCGUGCGCCACUGCUGAGACGCCAACGGUACCUCUUCAACAUCAGCUCAAUGGAGAAGGAGGGUCUGCUGGGUGCGGAGCUGCGGAUCCUCCGAAAGAAGCACAUGGACUCUCGAAAAGCCGCGUUCUCUGAGGGAAUGGCAGCUCUGAGACUCUCCACCUGCGCCUCAGGUAAAAACACAGCUGUCCUGCUGCAGACGAGACCUUUCGACUCUCACAGCGCCUCCUACUGGGAGGUGUUUGACAUCUGGAAGGUGUUCAAGAACUUCAGAAACACUCCUCAGCUCUGCUUGGAGCUGGACGCCGUUGAUCACGGCCGACCACUUGACUUGAGGUUACUGGGAUUGAGUCGAGCGGGACGGCAAACUAAGGAGAAAGCCUUCUUCGUGGUGUUCGGGCGCACAAAAAAGCGAGGACUCUUUUACAAUGAAAUCAAAGCACGGUCCGGGCAUGAUAAUAAGACCGUGUAUGAGUAUCUGUUCACUCAGAGGCGGAUGCGUCGGGCACCGUUGCCGCGUGGGAAAAAACCAAUCAAGAACCCCAAACAGAGAUGCAACCGCAAGCAGUUGCACGUGAACUUCAAGGAAAUGGGCUGGGACGACUGGAUCAUCGCUCCGCUGGAGUACGAGGCCUUUCACUGCGACGGCGUCUGUGACUUUCCCAUCCGCUCCCAUUUAGAGCCGACCAAUCACGCCAUCAUCCAGACCCUGAUGAACUCCAUGGACCCUAGAUCCACCCCGCCGACCUGCUGCGUGCCCACCAGACUCAGCCCCAUCAGCAUCCUGUACAUUGACUCGGCCAAUAAUGUGGUGUACAAGCAGUACGAGGAUAUGGUGGUGGAGAGCUGUGGCUGCAGGUAGCAAGACGUGAACAUUUACGUUUUGGGAUUUCGUGACUUUCAGACUUUGUAACAAUGUUUUGGUAAGACUGUCAAAACCAAGAGUACGACUUCCAUUAGUUGCAAACAUUCGCCAAGGGAUGCCCAAACUUGGUCCUUGAGGGCAAGUGUUCUGCAUAUUUUAGUUCCAACCCAAUUAAACACACCUGAACCAGCUAAUCAAGCUCUUUCUAGGUAUACUAGAAACUUCCAGGGAGGUGUGUUGAAGGACGUUUGGAGCUAACUAUGCAGGACACCGGCCCUCCAGGACCAUGUUUGGACACCCCUGCUUUAGCCUGUCAACUUGGAGGAGGGUUGUGCACAAUGCUGAAUUUAACAGAGAAUCUCUUAAAUCCCAUUUUAAUUUUUUGAAUUUGAAUACAGGUCACAAACGCGAUGCAAAAUAGCAAUUUAAAUGUGAUUUAUAAGGAAUUUUAGCCACUUUUCAACUAUCGUGGUUAACAGUUCUAAUGCUGGAUUCACACCAAACAUGGAUCUCUCGCUCUAGUUUACCCGUGGGACUUCCAUUAGGGCUUGGCCAAUUCACAUUCUUACACGGUUCCAUUUAGAAGGGCUCAUCUUUUCGCCAAUACUUUGGAGAGUUUACCCUGCGGAGUGAGAGUUUUUAAAGGAUUAGAGUAUCAGGAUGUGCCCUCCUGAAUGGAACACAGUGUGCGACACCAGUCGACUUACCAAGUCGAAGUUUCCAUCAGAUGUUGCCUUCGAAAUACUUCAAUUAAAGGGCUCAUAGGAGUAGGCAUGGGACAAUAACAAUUUUCAAGGUAUAUCGCGGUUUGAAAAAGUCAAGGUUUUAAAAUUGCCAAAAUUUUCUGCUUUACCGUUCCUAAGGUAUAUGUAAGAUUUCUUUAUUUAGUUUUCUCACACAGUAUUUCCAGCACAGUGGCAGAUUUAGGCAUUUGCAAUAUGGGUGAUCGCGCAGUGCGGCAUCUUGCUGGGGGCGGCACGGAGAGACAAUGCAAAAAAAAAAAAGGGCAUCACAGUGGCGCAGUGUGCACGAUCGCCUCACUUCAAGAAGGUCGCUGAUUCAAGCCUCGGCUGGGUCAAUGGCAUUUCUGUGUGGAAUUUGUAUGUUCUCCCCGUCUUGGCGUGGGUUUCCUCCAGGGGCUCCGGUUUCACCCAUAGGCCCAAAGACAUGUGGUAUAGAUGAAUUGGGUAAGCUAAAUUGGCUGUAGUGUAAGUGUGUGAAUGAAUGUGUAUGGACGUUUCCCAGUGAUAGGUUAUGGCUGGAAGUGUAUCCGCUGCAAAAAACAUAUGCUGGAUAAGUUGGUGGUUCAUUCCACUGUGGUGACCCCAGAUUAAUAAAGAGACUAAGCUGAAAAGAAAAUGAAUGAAUGAAUAUUUUCGAGCAGUAAACACAAUACCGUGAUACUGUAUUUUUAUCCAAGGUUAUCAAACUGUCAGAAUCUUAUAUCAGCCCAUGCCUUCAUAGAAGUGGCCAGUUUUGAGCCCUUUGGUUUGAAACGACACUUCAAUAUGGCGGCUAUGAUUGGUUUUAACCUGAAAUGCCCUUUUUAGGGCGAUAUAUCCCAUUUGGAACCCAUCGUCAUCCAUUCUGAAGUUUGCACAACCCAGUCAAUAUAGAUGCGAUAUUACCAUCCUUAAAGGCAACCUAUUAUGCAUAAAUCACUUUUAUAAGUGGUUUAAACACAGUGUGUGGCUUCAGUCUGUGAAUAUAGCCAGCCUCUAAAAGUAAAAAUUAAUCAAAUCUAUUUUUUAUAAUCACACUUGAUAAAAACAGUCUGCAGAAACACUUUGAUUGACAUUCUCCCUUUGUACAUGUCAUCAGAGGGGAAAGCCCCGCCCCUUAGGGACAAUCUCUCCCUCAUUAGCAUAAUCAGAUUGUACAGUAUCUCACAGUCACACAGAGAUGUGUUUUGUGUCCACAUAGUCACCAAAACGGCAAAAUUUGACGAUGAGCCUAAAAGGGUCAGUUUCAAAGAGAUAUAAAACAUUAUCUGUGUGUCAUUUGGAGCUGAAACUUCACACACACUCUAGGGACAUCAGAGACUUAUUUAUCUUGUAAAAAGGGGCAUAACAGGGGCCUCAAGUACAAAGACUUGCGUUGAAUAAAUACUAAAACAUUGCGUACGGACAAAGCUGUAAAUGUGCAUACGCAGUAAAAAAUUCAGACGUAUGAAACACUGCGUACGCCGAAUCCCACGCAUAUUCUCUUUGUACAUCCGAAUUAACGUGAAACUGAGCGCACGUGCAUGAGCGCAAAACCUCUCCCUGCCUCCUCCCCCUAAUAAAUAUGGUAAUGACUCCACUUUGGCAAAACCAAACAAAAAAGCAAUGGCAAAAGCAAGCAAGCAAGAAGAGAAACUUCACAGAAUGUGAAUUGGAGGUGCUCCUAUCGGAGGUAGACCGGAGGAAAAACUGUGUUAUUUGCAAAUAAAACAAACACACAAGAAAUACAUGAAGUUGGCACGGACCAACGCACAUUCUCACAUUAAGUUCAUCGUUAGUAAAUCCAAACGUGAGUGUAAAACCUGGCGUACGCACAGUUUUUGUGCGUAUGCAGCGUUGAUACAUGAGGCCCCAGGUCUCUUUUAAACCUCUUUCACAUUGCAUGUGUAAGCAGAGCGUAAAGGCUGUUUUAUACAGUACCCAACAUAACAUCCAACAUCCUUAGAAAUCCUGCCUGUUGUGAAGUCCUUUAAGCUUCUUUGGAUGCUUUAAAGGCAUAUAUUUACAAUAAUGCAUAUUUGAACGUGUGAUGUGAAAGAGGUGUUGGGUUCACAUGAAUGAUUAAGAACAAACACUGUUGCCUUUACAUUAUUUUACAUUGUUUACACAAACCUGUGUUGAUGUGGCAAGAAAACCUGGUCAAAUUUUAGAUGUCUUCAAAUCUAGUAAGUAGUUUCUCUGCUGAUAAGUUUGGCAGGUUAGCGGUGCUCAGUUUGCCCCUGCUGGUGGAUGUCGAAACUACACCAUCUGGCUGCUGCUCUAACUAUGGAUUAUCAGUGAAUGCAUUUCAUUCGAAGCAACAGUUCAUUCACAAGUUUUUUAAUUACAUAGUUCUAGUGUCAGAUCUGGUGCAAGAACACCACUAUUACCCACAGCUGUUUUAACAGCUUUGUUUUUGUCAUUAUUAGCUGCUCAACAGAAGCACAUUUUCUUUUAAAGUGUUAAAAGAACUUGAUUAAAUGUUAAGUUGUUAUAUAAGAAUGUAUUGUUUUUAUCGAGAUGUCAUGUAGAUCAGUGCCAAGUAAAUACUUUUGUUUUUAUCUUUGUUUCACAGAAGUGUCAUAACUAAAGGGAUUAAUAGUUGUUUUUUUUAACAAUGCAGUUACUGUACAAGGUAACUACAUGUAACGCAUAUUGUGAUGUCAACCAUUUUACAACGAAAAUGGUUUCAAACUUUUUUGUACAUAUCGGAAAGGUCUAUAAAUACAUGUGAACAUGGCAUUUAAAUAUAGUGAAUUUAAUUCAACUACAGCACAGUUUACCUGUGUUCACACUUUCAGUAUUUUUGUAUGAUUGGACAGUGUUAGCUGAUAGCAGCAGAUAUAUUAAUAAUUUGUUAAAACUAUUUUGGUACUUUUUACAGCAAAAUGAGUUCAGCUUUGUUAAUGACAGGACAAUACCAUGACAGAAAUAAAGUUGGACAUUUUCUAUGCAAUCCAUUGCCUAAUCCUGAAACAACUGAAUGAAUGAUUUGUUUGUUUUUCAGUAACCAUAUCUUUAUAGCAAAAUGCCUGGAUAUUUAUAAUGUAAAGUGUGAAACAUUUUCACUAAUAAA